AUGGCGGCCGAUGAGGACCAUCACUUCCAUCCAAAGGAUUCGCUGAAGAAUGCGACCUACUCGGGCGCUGCCACUGGCGCAGGAGGUCUUUGCUUUGCUGCCAUUCAGAACAGCUUAGCCAAGACCAAUGUUGGAGCAUGGUCAGUUAUCACAAGGGGUGGAGGAACAAUUACAUAUUUCGCUGCCAUUGGCGGCGCGUACCAGUUUACGAUGGAUGCCGCUGCCAAUCUACGAGAAAAGGACGACAGUUAUAACCCAGCAAUUGGAGGAUUGGUUGCAGGUGCAGUGAUGGGCCUAAGAUCUCGCUCUAUUCCACAAGUACUAGGUCUCAGUGUGAUGACUUCCGUUCUAAUGGGCGCGUUCGACUACACUGGUGGAGCUUUGACCGGCCCAAAGAAGAACAAGGAGAGGGAUGAAUUUGAGCACAAGGAGUACCUGAGAAAGAAUAGACGCAUCCCACUAGACGAAACGAUUGCACAAUUAGGGGAGGGAAGAGGAAUUUACGCCCCAGGAUACGACGAGCGGAGGCAGCAGAGAAUUAAGGAGAACUACGGAAUCGAUGUACCAGCGAAGUCUACGCAUAGCUAG